AAAAUCCUAAAAUAAAGACAUGUGUUCUCUUGUCUCUCAUAAUGAUUGUGAAAAUUGCCACCAAAAAGUGCAGUUCCCCUUUAAGGACCCCACGGGAGUUGUUGUUUCAGCCAUGCUAAAAAUAUGCCCUCUUCAGAUCCGCUGGCACCCAGAGGUGGGGGGGAGCGCCGCGCUCCUGUCCAGCACACUGACAGAGUUCGCCAGCACACCCGGCUCCGGGACGCCCUGCGCAACGAUCGCUCCUGCCAGCGGGCCAGGGUGCUGCCCGACUAGCGCACGUUAAGGCGACACAGUGAUGAUUGGAGACAUUUCUUACAAACUCAAAACCCCACGCAACCCAGAGUUGGUUCCUGUCAAACACAUUUCAGACUCCUUGCCUCAGGCGGUGGCCCAGCACCUGAGAUGGAUUAUGCAGAAAGACCUCCUGGGCCAGGAUGUCUUUCUGAUCGGUCCCCCUGGACCUUUGAGACGCUCCAUUGCCAUGCAAUACCUCGAGUUGACCAAAAGGGAAGUGGAGUAUGUGGCUCUGUCCAGGGACACCACAGAGACGGACCUGAAACAGAGGAGAGAGAUCCGGGCUGGGACUGCCUUUUACGUUGACCAGUGUGCAGUCCGGGCGGCCACUCAAGGCCGAGUUCUGGUCCUGGAGGGGCUGGAGAAGGCCGAGAGAAACGUUCUGCCUGUCCUCAACAACCUGCUGGAGAACAGAGAGAUGCAGCUGGAGGACGGACGCUUCCUGAUGGCGGCCGAGCGCUACGACAAGCUGCUACAGGAGCACACCAAAGAGGAGCUGGACAGCUGGAAGAUCGUCCGCGUAAGCGAGGACUUCCGGGUCAUCGCCCUCGGUCUGCCCGUCCCCAAGUACAAAGGCAAUCCUCUGGAUCCUCCCCUCCGCUCUCGCUUUCAGGCCAGAGACAUCUAUUACCUUCCAUUUAAGGACCAGUUGGAGUUGUUGUACACAGCAGGACCAAAUAUAGCUGCAGAGAGGGUAUCCCAGCUGCUGUCUCUCGCCACCACGCUGUGCUCCCAGGAAUCGUCGAACCUGGGCCUUCCAGACUUCCCUGUGGACAACCUCUUCCAUGGCCUUAAUGUACUGAAUGUGUUCCCCGGGAUGUCCUCGCAGCACCUGGUCCAGAGACUUUACCCCUACCACACUAUGCUGGGCAAGGACGGGCGCAGCGCUGUGGAGAGUGUCCUCAGUAGGUUUGAGCUCAUGGAUGGCCGUCGCAAGUCUCCGGGCAGCACCGUCACCAGUGUGUCAAAGACGACGGGCGUCGACGGAUACGCAGACGUCACCUUGCGUGUUGCAGAUAAAGACGUCAGCUUCCAGGUCCCCGCUGGCACCAAGGAGCCCCGCCCACCCAACAGUAACCCCGCCUUCAUCGGCACCCCCAGCCACACUCAGCUGAUUGCUGACAUGAUGCAGUCACACAUGGUGAAAGACAUGUGUCUGAUAGGAGCCAAGGGUUGUGGCAAGUCUGUGAUUGCCAAAGAGUUUGCGGAGAUGCUGGGCUACAGCAUAGAGCCGGUCAUGCUCUACCAGGACAUGACAGCCAGGGACCUUCUCCAGCAGAGGUUCACGCUCCCUAACGGCGACACGGCAUGGCGUCCGUCUCCAUUGGUCACGGCCGCCAUGGAGGGCAAGCUGCUUCUGCUGGAUGGAAUACACCGGGUCAACCUGGGAACACUGGCCGUCCUUUCAAGGUUGCUUCAUGACCGGGAGUUGGAUCUGUACGAUGGCACCAGGCUGCUGAGGCGGGACAGGUACCAGGCACUGAAGGAGGAACUGCAAUUUACUGACGAGCAGCUUCAAGAGAGGUCAAUCUUCGCCAUCCACCCAUCGUUCAGGGUGCUCGCCCUGGCCGAGCCUCCAGUAGUGGGCGCCGGCGCGAGCGCCAGUAGCAACAGCGCAGGUCAGCAGCAGUGGCUGGGCCCCGAGUUACUAACCAUGUUCCUGUAUCACACCGUCAGCCCGCUGGCCCGAGCAGAGGAGAUCGGCCUCCUUCAAGGACUGUCUCCUAAUGUCCCGAAGGAAGCCGCCGAGCAGCUCCUAGACCUGACACACACUCUGCGUCAGACAAAUGACACCACGGCACAGUCGCUGGCCUCUUCCCUGUCCACCAGACAACUUUUGAGGAUCUGUCGCCGGCUAUCCCGCUAUCCUGAGGAGAGCAUCGCCCACGCCGUCAAUAAGGCUUGCCUGUCCAGGUUCCUUCCCAGCCUGGCCCGUGCCUCUUUGCAGAAAAGCCUCUCCAACUGCUCCAUCCAAGAGACUCUGGAUGCUGAACUCGCACGUGACUUCACAUGUGUGGUCAAGGAUGGAAUGCUCACAAUCGGCAAUGUGUCCGCUCCCGUCUACAAGCCCGAUGAGAAAAUGAAGGUUCCCGAUGUGCUGUUCUACGAUAAUCCCCAGCACAUGAUGGUGAUGGAGGACAUGUUGAAGGACUUUCUACUCGGGGAGCACCUUCUCCUGGUGGGCAACCAGGGCGUAGGUAAGAAUAAAAUAGUGGACCGAUUCCUGCACCUUCUGAACCGACCCAGGGAGUACCUACAAUUGCACAGAGACACGACCGUGCAGACGCUGACCCUGCAGCCUUCAGUCCGAGACGGCAUCAUCACAUAUGAGGACUCGCCACUGGUAAAAGCGGUGAGGAAGGGACACAUACUGGUGAUUGACGAGGCCGACAAAGCCCCCACCAACGUCACCUGCAUCCUCAAAACCCUGGUGGAGAGCGGAGAGAUGAUCCUGGCAGACGGACGCAGAAUCCUCUCUGAUCCACUGGAAGCCAAGGGGAGGCCCAACACCAUCGUCAUGCACCCUGACUUCAGAAUGCUGGUCCUGGCUAACAGACCAGGCUUCCCCUUCCUGGGCAACGACUUCUUCGGCGCUCUAGGCGACAUCUUCAGCUGCCACGCCGUGGAUAACCCCAAGCCUCGGGCCGAGCUGGCCAUGCUGAGGCGGUACGGCCCCAACGUUCCCCACGCCACCCUGGAGAAGCUGGUGGCCGCCUUCGGAGAGCUCCGGUCCAUGGCUGACCAGGGCACCAUCACUUACCCCUACUCCACCCGAGAGGUGGUCAACAUUGUCAAGCACCUCCAGGAAUUCCCCAACGAGGGUCUGGCCAACGUGGUGCGGAACGUCUUCGACUUUGACUCGUACAACAAGGACACGCGCGACGUCCUGAUCGAAGCGCUGCACAAGCACGGCAUCCCCAUCGGCGCCAAGCCCAGCUCCGUCCACCUGGCCAACGAGUUGCCUCUGCCGGAGGCCACGAUGACAUCAUACUGGACCAUCAGUCAAGGUGUCAACGCCCGGCGCAAAAUGCUGUGUCCGUCCGAGACGCAUCGCAUCGAUGUCAAGGGCCCCGUCUACCUGCGUGUUCAGGCCUAUCCUUGCCACAGGCAGGAGAGCCGGGCGUUGAGUUUCAGCGAGGAAAAAGCCCACUGGCAGAUUCCCAUGAACGAAGUCAACAUCAUCUGUGACGUCGCCACCAAAGAUGACGUGCUGUACGCGGCCACGUGCAACCCCGUGACCCUUUACUCCAUGAGGGAGCGCGGGGAGACCAUCCAGUGCGUGGAACUUUACGACAUCUUCCCCAGGACCGUCAGCGGCGUGUGGCAGCCCUUUGUGACCGUCGCCCCGCUGGGGAGUCCUUUGGAGGGCCAGGUGGUGCUGCACGAGGAACAGAGUCACACGGUGCUCCAUGUGGACAUGGCGACGGGCGCCGUGCGGAGGCUCACGUUGUCUCCUGACAGCGAGCAGCCACCCAGCAAAGCCUCCAAAUGGUGGAGCAGCAAGGAGCCGCAGGCUCAGUACAAGAUGUGCUGCGACUUCGCCCAUAAGAACUGGCUGCUCUUCUACAAGGAAGACGGCAACCAGCUGGAGGUUCUGGAUGUGCUGGAGGGCCAGGUCCACGCAAUCUCCCUGCCCAUCAACCUCAAGUCCGUCUUCCUGGUGGCGGAGGAUCGCUGGCUGCUGCUGGAGAGCAACACUGACAAGAAGUACCUGCUGACCAAGCCCAUGCACAUGGCGGCCGAGGACUCUGGAGUGUGUCAGCUGCACAGCAUCAGCGAGGACGCCGUCAGCUCGGGGCACGGGGCCAGCGCAGACGCCGCGUGCGUUCCCCAGAUGUUGUCAUGUGACCAACUUCCCAACGAGAACCUCAGUGCUGCCCUCGGCCAAAAGAUCGUCUCCCCGAACCGCGUCAUGGCCGACACCGGCUCCUUCGCCCGAGUCAUCGUGGGCUUCCCAGACCUCAUGUCCCCUAAUGAGGUGUACAGCUUCAAGAGGACAGCCGACCUGGCGGAGAUGAAGAGCAGCGACGGCGGCGCGCACAACUUCCGGACCUCGGCCGCCAAGCGAAGCAAUUGCGUGAGUCUGCUCUCAGCCAAUCAGGUGGUCCGGGCCCUUCCCCCGAGCAAAGUGCCCCUGAAGGAGGUCUACCCCAAAGAUGCCACCCCUCCCAUGACUGCAGGCUACCUGGAGGUGACGGAUCUGAACUCAAAAAAAGUCAAAUAUAUUCCCGUUCCCAGGUCCAUGUCCGUGUCGCCUUACACCAGCUGGGUGUCAAAAGUGUCGGAAACCGACUUGCUGUUGGCGCCCCUCAGCUCGGGCGGCGUGGUCACCGUGGACAUGGGCGGCUACGUCCGUCUGUGGGAGACCGGCCUGGACACGCUGCAGCGAUCGCUGAUGGAGUGGAGGAAUAUGAUUGGCUCUGAGGAUGGCAGGCCUGUGCAGAUUACCAUCCAGAGGGACAGCGGUUUGGACGUCAGCGCCCCAAAACACGGCAAGAUGGACCCCAACAACGAUCCUCACGUGGGCGGCAACCAAUGGGCAGGUGGCACAGGCGGCCGAGACACGGCCGGCCUGGGUGGCAAAGGGGGCCCGUACCGCCUGGAUGCGGGACACAAGGUGCACCAGGUUUCCCAGGCGGAGAAGGACGCCGUCCCCGAGGAGGUCCGCCAGGCCGCGCGGGAAAUGGCGGAGAAAGCCUUCAAAGACAGGCUGAAGGAGAUCGACAUGAGCGAGUACGACGCCGCCACCUACGAGCGAUUCUCCAGCGCCGUCAGGAGACAAGUUCAGUCUCUGCGCAUCAUCCUGGACACGUUGCAGGCUAAAGCUAAGGAGCGCCAGUGGCUGAAGAACCAGGCUCUGGGGGAACUGGACGAUGCCAAAAUCAUCGACGGCCUCACCGGAGAGAAGGCCAUUUAUAAACGGCGAGGAGAGCUGGACCCUGAGCCCGGCACCCCGCAGCAAAAGCCCAAGCGUUUGCGGGUGCUGGCCGACGUCUCGGGGAGCAUGUACCGCUUCAACGGCGUGGACGGCCGGCUGGAGCGCUCCAUGGAGGCUGUGUGCAUGGUCAUGGAGGCCCUGGAAAGCUACGAGCACAAGUUCAAGUACGACAUCGUGGGCCACUCGGGUGACGGCUACGACAUCGAGCUGGUCCAAGUGGGCAAAGUCCCCAAGAACAACAAGCAGAGACUCAAAGUUCUCAAGACCAUGCACGCCCACUCUCAGUUCUGCAUGAGCGGCGACUACACGCUGGAGGGCACGGCGGCCAGCAUCAAGCAGCUGUCGCGGGAGGAGGCCGACGAGCACUUUGUGGUGGUGCUGAGCGACGCCAACCUGGAGCGCUACGGCAUCAGGCCCGAGCGCUUCGCCCAGGUGCUGACCUCCGACCCGCAGGUUAACGCCUUCGCCAUCUUCAUUGGGUCGCUGGGCGAUCAGGCUGAAAGACUCCAAAAGACCCUUCCGGCCGGGAGAUCCUUUGUCGCCAUGGACACCAAACAGAUUCCGCAAAUACUGCAGCAGAUCUUCACGUCCACCAUGCUGUCCAGUGCUUGAUGGACGGACCAGUCCUCGGAAAUGGCGAGCGUCUCGGGAAUGGUUUGGGGGGGGGGAAUGUCCCACCUUUGGCGAGGACGCUCUUUCGAGGCGCCCUCCACGCCCACCUUCCCCCGCUACGUGGCCUGGCCUUCAUUCCGUCCCGCGUGGAAUCUGAGAUCUUAUUUGACAGACGGACCUCCCACUCUGUUCACACAGGAGCAGACAAAGCUGUCACUGUGAGGGCGACAAGACCUAGCAAAGAAUGUGACAUCAUUUCCUUUCACAAAUUCCGAGGCCUUUCUUUCUAUUUUAUUUUUUAUUUUUACAUUUUUAACAUAUCAACAAACGACUCUGUAUUCAUUAUAAAAGUUUUGCUAGCGAGCAGGAGCUGGAUUAAUAUGCCCUCAUCACGUUUAGUUGCCAGUAGGGGUGUAACGAUACGUGUAUGUGUAUUAGGGCUGCAACUAACGAUUAAUUUGAUAAUCGAUUAAUCUGUCGAUUAUUACUUCGAUUAAUCGAUUAAUAAUCGGAUAAGAAAAGAGACAAACUACAUUUCUAUCCUAUCCAGUAUUUUAUUGGAAAAAAAACAGCAUACUGGCACCAUACGUAUUUUGAUUAUUGUUUCUCAGCUGUUUGUAAAUGUUGCAGUUUAUAAAUAAAGGUUUAUUAACAAAAAAAAAUAAAAAUAAAAUAAAAUAAAAUUUUAAUUAAAAAAAAAAAAAACCUCUGCGCAUGCGCAUAGCAUAGAUCCAACGAAUCGAUGACUAAAUUAAUCGGCAACUAUUUUAAUAAUCGAUUAGUUGUUGCAGCCCUAAUUUGUAUUGAACCGUUUCGGUACCGAACGAGUUUCCACACGGACAUAUUAAGUAGCGUAACGCACGUUGUGUAAACAAUGCACACAGAGGCACAACACACGGCAUGCUAGCUGCUAACGGGCUACGAUAGACUGACCGUACGUCCUCUUUUCACCGGACAUGUCCUCUUUUGCGGAGUUUCUUAGAAUGCCUCAAAUGUCCGGCAUUUUGAGUUAGGGUUGCGUGUAUUUUCAAUGUACGUUUAGGGUUAAGAAGGGGUUGAAAACAAAACAAAUUGUGUGCGCAGCAGCAUUGGUGAGGGAGGGGCAGAGACAGAGAGAGAGAGAGAGAGAGAGUUAUGAUAAACGCGCAUGCGUCGCCAGGCUCUGCUUUUUAUCCAUAGAUGUAUCAGAUUUAAUUUUUUAUUAUCUAUAGCUAAUGUUUUAAAGGCCCACGGCACAUUCUAAAAAUACUAUUAAAAUAAACAAAAACAUAACAAAAGUGAAAUAAAAAAGCUUAAAGGUUAAAUGUAAUUUAGAAAAAGUUGCAAUGUUGACUAAUAAAACAAAGCUGUUUUUUUUUCUCUUUCAAACAGUCAUUGCUCAAAACAUAAUAUUGAAUCAAAAUUAGGGAUGUCCGAUAAUGGCUUUUUGCCGAUAUCCGAUAUGCCGAUAUUGUCCAACUCUUUAAUUACCGAUACCGAUAUCAACCGAUACCGAUAUCAACCGAUAUAUACAGUCGUGGAAUUAACACAUUAUUAUGCCUAAUUUGGACAACCAGGUAUGGUGAAGAUAAGGUACUUUUUAAAAAAAUGAAUCAAAUAAAAUAAGAUAAAUAAAUUAAAAACAUUUAAAAACAGUUACAUAGAAACUAGUAAUUAAUGAAAAUUUGUCAAAUUAACUGUUAAAGGUUAGUACUAUUAGUGGACCAGCAGCACGCACAAUCAUGUGUGCUUACGGACUGUAUCCCUUGCAGACUGUAUUGAUAUAUAUUGAUAUAUAAUGUAGGAACCAGGUUUUUUGGGUUGGUGCACUAAUUGUAAGUGUAUCUUGUGUUUUUUAUGUGGAUUUAAUAAAAAAUAAAAAAAUAAAAAUAAAAUAAAUGAUACUGAUAAUAAAAAAAACGAUACCGAUAAUUUCCGAUAUUACAUUUUAACGCAUUUAUCGGCCGAUAAUAUCGGUCUGCCGAUAUUAUCGGACAUCUCUAAUCAAAAUCAAUGUUAUUAUGAAUUAUUGACCUAUCCAAGGUUCCCAUUACUUCACAUCAAAUAUUCCACUAAGAAAAAUAUUUUUGGUGGUAGAUUUUGCAAAUUUGGUAAAUAAAUAACCGCAAAAAUGUAUAUUUUGUUGUUUUCUUACUGUACCGAAAAUGAACCGAACCGUGACCUCUAAACCGAGGUACGCACCCAACCGAAAUGUUUGUGUACCGUUACCCCCCUAGUUGCCAGGCGGAGUUUUUUUAAUGGAGGCGAGAGAUGGCAGAAACAGGAACUUUAUUCUAAAAAUAUCAGUCUCGUGAGGCAAAAACCGGAUUUUGCAACAGAAUGACUGCUGUGUCAGCAAUGUAUGAAAAAUAAUCACCUAGUGCACACAUUCAGCUAAUCACAGUAUGUCGGACUGAGAGGAUCAAUAGAACCGCAGCAGUGUUGAUCGAUGAUUGAUGUCCCACUUUAAUGUGACCGCAUUAAACGUCCUUGAUUAAACAAAUUCAUGCCGGUGACAUGUGAAAAAUGUGCAUCAAUCAUACAGUACACUUAUAUCGUAUAUAAAUAUAUACCGUAUUUUUCGGACUAUAAGUCGCAGUUUUUUUCAUAGUUUGCCCGGGGGUGCGACUUAUACUCAGGAGCGACUUAUGUGUGAAAUGAUUAACACAUUAGCGUAAAAUAUCAAAUAUUAUUUAUCUCAUUCACGUAAGAGACUAGACGUAUAAGAUGUCAUGGGAUUUAGCGAUUAGGAGUGACAGAUUGUUUGGUAAACGUACAGCAUGUUCUAUAUCAGGGGUCACCAACCUUUUUGAAAGCAAGAGCUACUUCUUGGGUACUGAUUAAUGUGAAGGGCUACCAGUUUGAUACACACUUAAAUCAAUUGCCAGAAAUAGCCAAUUUGCUCAAUUUACCUUUAACUCUAUGUUAUUAUUAAUAAUUAAUGAUAUUUACACUUAAUUGAACGGUUUAAAAGAGGAGAAAACACGGAAAAAAUUACAAUUAAAUUUUGAAACAUAGUUUAUCUUCAAUUUCGACUCUUUAAAAUUCAAAAUUCAACCGAAAAAAAGAAGAGAAAAACUAGCUAAUUCUAGUCUUUUUGAAAAAAUUUAAAAAAUAAUUUAUGGAACAUCAUUAGUAAUUUUUCCUGAUUAAGAUUAAUUUUAGAAAUUUGAUGACAUGUUUUAAAUAGGUUAAAAUCCAAUCUACACUUUGUUAGAAUAUAUAACAAAUUGGACCAAGCUAUAUUUCUAACAAAGACAAAUCAUUAUUUCUUCUAGAUUUUCCAGAACAAAAUUUUUAAAAGAAAUUCAAAAGACUUUGAAAGAAGAUUCAAAUUUGAUUCUACAGAUUUUCUAGAUUUGCCAGAAUAUUUUUUUUAAAUUUUAAUCAUAAUAAGUUUGAAGAAAUAUUUCACAAAUAUUCUUCGUCAAAAAAACAGAAGCUAAAAUUAACAAUUAAAUUAAAAUGUAUUUAUUAUUCUUUACAAUAAAAAAAAUAAAUUUACUUGAACAUUGAUUUAAAUUGUCAGGAAAGAAGAGGAAGGAAUUCAAAAGGUAAAAAGGUAUAUGUGUUUAAAAAUCCUAAAAUCAUUUUUAAGGUUGUAUUUUUUUCUCUAAAAUUGUCUUUCUGAAAGUUAUAAGAAGCAAAGUAAAAAAAAUUAUGAAUUUAUUUAAACAAGUGAAGACCAAGUCUUUAAAAUAUUUUCUUGGAUUUUCAAAUUCUAUUUGAGUUUUGUCUCUCUUAGAAUUAAAAAUGUCGAGCAAAGCGAGACCAGCUUGCUAGUAAAUAAAUACAAUUUAAAAAAUAGAGGCAGCUCACUGGUAAGUGCUGCUAUUUGAGCUAUUUUUAGAACAGGCCAGCGGGCUACUCAUCUGGUCCUUACGGGCUACCUGGUGCCCGCGGGCACCGCGUUGGUGACCCCUGCUCUAUAUGUUAUAGUUAUUUGAAUGACUCUUACCAUAAUAUGUUACGUUAACAUACCAGGCACCUUCUCAGUUGUUAUUUAUGCCUCAUAUAACGUACACUUAUUCAGCCUGUUGUUCACUAUUCUUUAUUUAUUUGAAAUUGCCUUUCAAAUGUCUAUUCUUGGUGUUGGCUUUUAUCAAAUACAUUUCCCCCCAAAAUGCGACUUAUACUCCAGUGCGACUUAUAUAUGUUUUUUUCCUUCUUUAUUAUGCAUUUUCGGCCGGUGCGACUUAUACUCCGGAGCGACUUAUACUCCGAAAAAUACGGUAAUUGUACAUAUUAACUUAAGUGAUGGUAAAUAAAUUAAAAUGACUGAUUUAAAUAAAAGCAAAAUUCUCCAAAAGUUCUUGUUGUUUUUUUCUGGCUCUGAAUGUUGCAGUGUUACUGCUGCAGUGCUCCAUUUCCCUAAUGCCCUCAGUCUCCUCUUGGAUAAAAUGAUGCCUAAAGGAGAUGCUUCUUCUCCGUUGCUGUUUGUCAGCGUAUUUUAUUCAACUUCUGAUAGUCGGGUUCAGUUUGGUGUCUCGACAUCGAAAGAGACCAAAAACUGACUUUUACCUAUUUUUACUUUAACGUCCAUGGAAUUAUUAUUUACGGUUUCACGUAACAAGGUGAGUAUUGUGCAACCUAACUUUAAUGCGUGUCCGAAAUGACGUACUCUUCGUAACUGCUUUAAAAGGAUUAACAUUUUUAGCGUGCUAACAUAACUUAAGUAAACUAAAAGUGUAGCAGCAAGUACUGAAAUCCUUGAUUUCUUCCCUUUUAAUAUGUUAAAAAUUUUGCCUAAAAAUGCUAGCAGACUCAUGCUGACAUGGGAACAGUUAGCAUUCGUGCUAACUGUUCCCGUGCAGGGAAUAUCAGUAUGGG